AUGGGAAGACUGGCCAGGAAAGGUGCCAGCAUGGCCAAUCUCCGCACCCUGAGCAUCCUCCUGAGCCUCCUGGUCCCCGCUCAUGCCACCAGGUCACCCGACUGCGGGGGCGUCCUCACCCCAGCAGGACUCAGCUACUUUGCUGAAAUUUCAAAGCCACAUGCGGAGACAGUCCUCAGGCAGGACCUAAUGGCUCCAACAGCCCCAAACCUGUUCCGUGGUGCCACAAAGCCCAGCAGGAACCAAAUUAACUCUGUCACAGUUACCGAGCUGACUCUGACACUUAUCCCUGACACCGGGCUGCGGCUGAGCAUCGAUGUGGACCUUGGCAUCACACCCGCCCCCUCCACCACCAAGGUGAUGAAAUUGUCCAUCCUGUCAGACCUCCACGUGGAAAUGAACCCCGAAGGGAACCUGGAGAUGGUGGCCUCUGCCUGCAAAACCAGCUUGGAGGAGACGCAGAGCACCGAGGAGAUGGAAAGCAAGUCCUCUAGUUCCAACGUGGACAAGGAGAUUAACGUCGAUAAGAUUUGCCUGGAAGUCACCAAAUUGCUGCUUUUGCCAAAUGAGCGGCUGAUGUCUCUGACAGCUCAGUUCCCUGUCACGCCGAGCUGCCAGGUCCAGUACCUGCCCCUGGCUGCACCCAUGUUCUCCGAGCAGGGAAUCACCAUAUCCUUGCAAACAAUUUUCCAGGUGGUGGGGAUGCCGAUCCCCCUGCCAGUCAGCCCUGUGCCGUUCAGCAUGCCCGAGCCAGCGAGCUCCAGCCCUUCUCACCUCACCCUGGCUUUCUCUGAGCACUUCUACAGCAGCCUCUUCUUUGCCCUGGAGAUGUCUGGAGCCUUCAACAUGACCAUCCCGACCCGUCUGACCACCGCUACCAUGACCCAGAAGAUUACUCAGAUGGGCUCCCUCUUCCAAGAGGACCUACCGGUGAUAAUGCAAGCCAUGUUCAGGAGCUCACCUCGGGUGGUGCUGGAGGAAGGCAAAGCAGCCCUGAAGCUCUUCCUCACCAUCCAUGUUGGGGCAGAAACACCGGCUUUCCAGAGCUUCCUGAGUGUGAAUGUGGACAUGACUGCAGGACUCCUCCUCAGCGUCGUCGACACAAGGAUGAUGAUCUCCGCGGCAGGGAUAGAGGAGACUGAGCUCAGCCUGGCUACCUCCGACGUGGGUCCUGUGCCGGAUGCCUUACUGGAGGAGUUAUUCUUGCCCACCAUCCGUGAGGAGAUACCAGCUCACAUGAAUGUGAUCCUGAGCGAGGGUGUAUUCCUGCCCCACAUCUCCAGCUUUACCUACACUGACAUCAACGUUGUGAUUCACAAGGACUACGUCUUGAUCCCCUGCAACCUCAAGCUGCAGGUGAGGCCUGGAGAGCAGAUCACCAUGAGCUGA